CCCCACCCCGCGCAGCGCCGUCCGCCGCCGCUCCCUCCCCUCCCGCCCCCGGCCGAGGCCGAGGGACCGGGCGGGGGGCUCCCACAGGAGGGCUGUUGGCCUGCUGCAGUGCUGCUGAACAGUAUGCAGUCCUUCCGGGAGCAAAGCAGUUACCACGGAAACCAGCAGAGCUACCCACAGGAGGUACACGGCUCAUCCCGGAUAGAAGAGUUCAGCCCUCGCCAGGCCCAGAUGUUCCAGAAUUUUGGGGGUGCAGGUGGCAGUAGUGGUGGCAGUGGCAGCAGCAGUGGUGGUGGACGACGAGGAACAGCGGCUGCUGCUGCAGCAGCGGCAAUGGCUAGCGAAACCUCCGGCCAUCAGGGCUACCAGGGUUUCAGGAAAGAGGCUGGAGACUUUUACUACAUGGCAGGCAGCAAAGACCCCGUGGCAGCCGGAACCCCGCAGCCUGCUCAGCGAAGGCCUUCUGGGCCUGUGCAGAGCUAUGGACCCCCCCAGGGGAGCAGCUUUGGCAAUCAGUAUGGGAGUGAGGGUCAUGUGGGCCAGUUUCAAGCACAGCACUCUGCCCUUGGUGGCGUGUCUCAUUAUCAGCAGGAUUACACGGGACCUUUCUCUCCAGGGAGCGCUCAGUACCAGCAGCAGCCUUCCAGCCAACAGCAGCAGCAAGUGCAGCAGUUGAGACAGCAGCUUUACCAGUCCCAUCAGCCUCUGCCGCAGGCCACUGGCCAGCCAGCGUCCGGCUCAUCCCACAUGCAGCCGAUGCAGCGGCCCUCAACUCUGCCAGCCUCUGCCACUGGUUACCAGUUAAGAGUGGGUCAGUUUGGCCAACACUACCAGUCUUCUGCCACGACCUCCUCCUCCUUCCCUUCACCACAACGCUUCAGCCAGUCUGGACAGAGCUAUGACGGCAGUUACAGUGUGAAUGCUGGAUCCCAGUACGAAGGACAUAAUGUGGGUUCUAAUGCACAGGCUUACGGAACACAAUCGAAUUACAGCUAUCAGCCUCAAUCUAUGAAGAAUUUUGAACAGACGAAGAUUCCACAAGGGACCCAGCAGGGGCAGCAGCAGCAGCAGCAGCAGCAGCAGCAGCAGCAGCAGCAGCAGCAUCCGCAGCAUGUGAUGCAGUAUACCAACACUGCCACCAAGCUGCCGCUGCAAAGCCAGGUGGGGCAGUACAGCCAGCCCGAGGUUCCUGUGAGGUCCCCCAUGCAGUUUCACCAGAACUUCAGCCCCAUUUCUAACCCUUCCCCGGCUGCCUCUGUGGUUCAGUCUCCAAGCUGUAGCUCUACCCCAUCUCCUCUUAUGCAGAGUGGGGAGAAUCUCCAGUGUGGGCAAGGCAAUGUGCCGAUGGGUUCCAGAAACAGAAUUCUACAGUUAAUGCCUCAACUCAGCCCAACCCCAUCAAUGAUGCCCAGUCCUAAUUCUCAUGCUGCAGGCUUCAAAGGGUUUGGACUAGAAGGGGUGCCAGAAAAGCGGCUGACAGAUCCUGGGUUGAGUAGUUUGAGUGCCCUGAGUACGCAAGUGGCCAACCUUCCUAAUACUGUUCAACACAUGCUACUUUCCGAUGCACUGACACCUCAGAAGAAGACCUCCAAGAGGCCUUCUUCAUCUUCUAAGAAAGCAGACAGCUGCACAAACUCCGAAGGCUCCUCACAGGCUGAAGAACAACUGAAGUCCCCUAUGGCAGAGUCGCUGGAUGGAGGCUGCUCCAGCAGUUCCGAGGAUCAAGGUGAGAGGGUGAGGCAGCUAAGUGGCCAGAGCACCAGUUCUGACACCACCUACAAGGGUGGAGCCUCAGAGAAAGCAGGCUCCUCACCAGCACAAGUCACUCAGAAUGAAGCCCCCAGACUCAGUGCCAGUCCUGUAGCCAGAGAAGAGACCGCCUCACCAGGUGCUAAGGACAUGCCAUUGUCAUCCGAGGGCAACCCAAAAGUCAGUGAGAAGACAGUUGGGGUGAUUGUCUCCCGGGAAGCUAUGACAAGUCGGGUAGAAAAACCUGGUGGGCAAGAAAAAGGCUCCCAAGAGGAUGAUCCUGCAGCCACUCAGAGGCCACCCAGCACUGGCGGGGGAAAGGAAACCAGUCAUGCGUCACUUCCACAGCCAGAGCCUCCGGGAGGAGGAAAUAAAGGAAACAAAAAUGGAGAUAAUAACUCCAACCACAAUGGAGAAGGAAACGGCCAGAGCGGGCACUCCACAGGGGGCUCUGGUUUUAUAGGCAGAACUGAGCCUAGCAAAUCUCCUGGAAGCUUGCGCUAUAGUUACAAGGAUAGCUUUGGGCCAGCCGUGCCAAGAAAUGUCAGUGGCUUUCCUCAAUUUCCUACAGGACAAGAUAAGGGGGACUUCACUGGCCAUGGGGAGCGAAAGGGUAGGAAUGAAAAGUUCCCUAGCCUCCUGCAGGAAGUGCUUCAGGGUUACCACCACCACCCUGACAGGAGAUAUUCUAGGAGUACUCAGGAGCACCAGGGCAUGGCUGGUGGCCUAGAAGGAGCCACAAGGCCUAAUGUGUUAGUUAGUCAAACGAAUGAAUUAGCUAGCAGGGGCCUUUUGAACAAAAGCAUUGGUUCCCUAUUAGAAAAUCCCCACUGGGGCCCCUGGGAAAGGAAAUCAAGUGGCUCGGCUCCUGAAAUGAAACAGAUCAAUUUGGCUGACUAUCCAAUUCCCAGAAAGUUUGAAAUAGAGCCUCAGUCAUCAGCCCAUGAGCCCGGGGGUUCCCUUUCUGAAAGAAGAUCAGUGAUCUGUGAUAUUUCUCCACUAAGACAGAUUGUCAGAGACCCGGGGGCUCACUCACUGGGACACAUGGGUGCCGACACCAGACUUGGGAGGAAUGAACGUCUCAAUCCAAGUUUAAGUCAGUCGGUCAUUCUUCCAGGUGGGUUGGUGUCCAUGGAAACAAAGCUGAAAUCGCAGAGUGGGCAGAUAAAAGAGGAAGACUUUGAACAAUCCAAGCCCCAAGCUAGUUUCAACAACAAGAAAUCUGGAGACCACUGCCACCCUGCUAGCAUCAAGCAUGAGUCUUACCGAGGCAACGCCAGCCCUGGAGCAGCUACCCAUGAUUCCAUCUCAGACUAUGGCCCACAGGACGGCAGACCCACGCCAAUGCGGCGAGUCCCUGGCCGAGUUGGUGGUCGGGAGGGCAUGAGGGGUCGUUCCCCUUCUCAGUAUCAUGACUUUUCAGAAAAAUUGAAGAUGUCCCCUGGGAGGAGCAGAGGCCCAGGGGGAGACCCUCAUCACAUAAACCCACAUAUGACCUUUUCAGAGAGGGCCAACAGGAGUUCUUUGCACACUCCCUUUUCUCCCAACUCAGAAAGCCUGGCCUCUGCUUAUCACACAAACACUCGCGCUCAUGCUUAUGGGGACCCCAAUGCAGGUUUGAAUUCUCAGCUCCAUUACAAGAGACAGAUGUACCAACAGCAACAAGAGGAAUAUAAGGACUGGAGCAGCAGUUCUGCUCAGGGAGUGAUCGCUGCGGCUCAGCACAGGCAGGAAGGACCCCGCAAGAGUCCAAGGCAGCAGCAGUUUCUUGACCGAGUACGGAGCCCCCUGAAGAAUGACAAAGAUGGCAUGAUGUAUGGCCCACCGAUGGGGACUUACCAUGACCCCAGCGGUCAGGAUGGUGGGCGCUGCCUCAUGUCUAGUGAUGGUCUUUCUAACAAAGGCAUCGAAUUGAAGCACGGCUCCCAGAAGUUACAACAAGAAUCUUGUUGGGAUCUUUCUCGGCAAACUUCUCCAGCCAAAAGCAGCGGUCCUCCAGGAAUGUCCAGUCAGAAAAGGUAUGGACCACCCCAUGAGACCGACGGACAUGGGCUAGCUGAGUCUACACAGUCAUCCAAACCUAGUAAUGUUAUGCUAAGGCUUCCAGGUCAAGAGGAUCAUUCUUCUCAAAACCCCUUAAUCAUGAGGAGGCGUGUCCGUUCUUUUAUCUCUCCCAUUCCCAGUAAGAGACAGUCACAAGAUGUGAAGAACAGUAACGCUGAAGAUAAAGGGCGCCUCCUUCACCCAUCAAAAGAAGGUGCUGAUAAAGCCUUCAAUUCCUAUGCCCAUCUUUCUCACAGCCAGGAGAUCAAGUCCAUCCCUAAGAGAGAAUCCUCCAAGGACCUUCCAAGUCCAGAUGGUAGAAACUGCCCUGCUGUUACCCUCACAAGUCCUGCUAAGACCAAAAUACUGCCCCCACGGAAAGGACGGGGGUUGAAAUUGGAAGCUAUCGUUCAGAAGAUCACAUCCCCAAACAUUAGGAGGAGUGCAUCCUCGAACAGUGCGGAGGCUGGGGGAGACACGGUUACUCUGGAUGACAUCCUGUCUUUGAAGAGCGGCCCUCCCGAAGGCGGGAGUGGUGCUGUUCAGGAUGCCGAGAUGGAGAAAAGAAAAGGUGAGGUGGUGUCUGACCUAGUCUGUCCAACAAACCAGGAGUUGAGCGUAGAAAAGCCUCUUGCACGAUCUUCGGAGGAGUGGCGUGGCAGUGGGGAUGACAAAGUGAAGACCGAGACACACCCAGACACGGCCACUGCUGGAAAGGAACCCCCUGGUGCCAUGACAUCCGCAACCUCACAGAAGCCUGGGAGUAACCAAGGGAGACCAGAUGGUUCCCUGGGCGGGACAGCACCUUUAAUCUUUCCUGACUCAAAGAAUGUACCUCCAGCGGGCUCAUUGGCUCCUGAGGCAAACCCCAAGGCUGAAGAGAAAGAGAACGAUACAGUGACCAUUUCCCCCAAACAGGAGGGUUUCCCCCCAAAGGGUUAUUUCCCAUCAGGAAAGAAGAAGGGGAGACCCAUUGGUAGUGUGAAUAAGCAAAAGAAACAACAGCAGCCACCACCUCCACCCCCUCAGCCCCCCCAGAUACCAGAAGGUUCUGCAGAUGGAGAGCCAAAGCCAAAAAAGCAGAGGCAAAGGAGGGAGAGAAGGAAGCCUGGGGCGCAGCCAAGGAAGCGGAAAACCAAACAAGCAGUUCCCAUCGUAGAGCCCCAAGAACCUGAGAUCAAGCUGAAGUAUGCCACUCAGCCACUGGAUAAAACUGAUGCCAAGAACAAGUCUUUUUUCCCUUAUAUCCAUGUAGUAAACAAGUGUGAACUUGGAGCCGUUUGUACAAUCAUUAAUGCUGAGGAAGAAGAACAGACCAAAUUGGUGAGGGGUCGGAAGGGUCAGAGGUCCCUGACCCCUCCACCCAGCAGCACUGAAAGCAAGGUGCUCCCAGCUUCAUCCUUUAUGCUGCAGGGACCUGUCGUGACAGAGUCUUCUGUUAUGGGGCACCUGGUGUGCUGUCUGUGUGGCAAGUGGGCCAGUUACCGCAACAUGGGCGACCUCUUUGGACCCUUUUAUCCCCAAGAUUAUGCAGCCACUCUCCCCAAGAAUCCGCCUCCUAAGAGGGCCACGGAAAUGCAGAGCAAAGUUAAGGUACGGCACAAAAGCGCUUCAAAUGGCUCCAAGACGGACACUGAGGAGGAGGAAGAGCAGCAGCAGCAGAAGGAGCAGAGGAGCCUGGCCGCCCACCCCAGGUUUAAGCGGCGACACCGCUCGGAAGACUGUGGCGGAGGCCCCCGGUCCCUGUCCAGGGGGCUCCCUUGUAAAAAAGCAACCACCGAGGGCAGCAGCGAAAAGACUGUUUUGGACUCAAAGCCCUCCGUGCCCACCACUUCAGAAGGUGGCCCCGAGUUGGAGUUACAAAUCCCUGAACUACCUCUUGACAGCAAUGAAUUUUGGGUCCAUGAGGGUUGUAUUCUCUGGGCCAAUGGAAUCUACCUGGUCUGCGGCAGGCUCUAUGGCCUGCAGGAAGCGCUGGAAAUAGCCAGAGAGAUGAAAUGUUCCCACUGCCAGGAGGCAGGCGCCACCUUGGGCUGCUACAACAAAGGCUGCUCCUUCCGUUACCAUUACCCGUGUGCCAUUGACGCAGAUUGUUUGCUCCACGAGGAGAACUUCUCGGUGAGGUGCCCCAAGCACAAGUCCCCAGGGUGGCUCUGGUUCUGCUGCAGGGGCGGCUGCCAGCUCACUGGUCCAGCCGUCCUGGCCUCCUGCAGGCCUUGCAGCAGAGCCUGGCAUGAAACAAACCGAGGACUCCUGCCACUCACCCUCGAGGGUGGAACUCAGCCACGUAUGGGGAUGGCCAGAUUGCUUAAGUUGAUAUGAGGGCAUAUUUCCAAUCAACAUUAAUUUUAAAGGUUAUUAAAAAAUAAUACAAUGUUAACGGACUUUAUUUUUAGAGAACA